AUGGAGGCCCCGUUGCUCCCGCCUGUGAAGCAGGAGGACCUGGGCAGUGCUGAGGGCCUGGACCCGGACUCACCGUGGCGUCGCUUCCGUCACUUCCACCUGGGUGACGCACCCGGCCCCCGCGAGGCUCUGGGCCUGCUACGUGCCCUUUGCCGCCAGUGGCUGCGGCCCGAGGUGCACACCAAGGAGCAGAUGUUGGAGCUGCUGGUACUGGAGCAGUUCCUGGGCGCGCUGCCCCCUGACGUGCAGGCGUGGGUGCGUGGCCGGCAGCCCCGCAGCGGGGAGGAGGCCGUGGUGUUGCUGGAGGAGCUGUGGGGACCCACAAGCCCCCCAAAUCGGACACCAGAGACCGGGGCACGUCAGGACGGGACAGAAGGCGCCGCCGGGCUGUGUGCGGGAAAAGAAGACAGUGGACUGGUUCCCCUAGGAGACACAGUGCCAGCUCCAGAGGCGCUGGGGACCCCAGGGGAUGCGCAGGCCACCCGGCCCUACAAGCAAGAGCCCAGCAGCCCUCCGCUGGUCCCACUGGCACCCCCCGGCACCGUGUCCUGCCCCGAGUGUGGCAAGACGGCUGCGAAGCCCGCACACCUGCUGCGUCACCGGCAGAGCCACUCGGCGGAGAAGCCACACACCUGUCCCGAGUGUGGCAAAGCCUUCCGGCGCAAGGAGCACCUGCGUCGCCACCGGGGCACCCACCCGGGAGGCCUGGGCCCUGCGCUGCGCCAGCUGCCUGCGCGGGAGCGGCCGCACGCCUGCUGCGAGUGCGGCAAGACCUUCUACUGGCGCGAGCACCUGGUUCGCCACCGCAAGACGCACUCGGGCGCACGGCCCUUCACCUGCUGGCAGUGUGGCAAGGGCUUCGGGCGCCGCGAGCACGUGCUGCGUCACCAGCGGAUCCACGGGCGCACCGUCAGUGCCCCUGCGGGCACGCAAGGCCCCGGCCCUGGCCCCGACACUGGGGGGCCUUUCCCGGCCUGGCCCCUUGGCUAG